AUGGUCAAAUUCUACGAAGACAGGGCGCUACAGGAGAAGCAUGACAGCACGUAUCAGACUUUACCGAAACCCGUGCGUGUUCUGCCUCCAGGGCUCGAUGAAGCAGCAUUCGACAGAGUAUUGAUCGAAUUCCUUGCCAUUGUUGGCAAAGAGAACGUCGCUUCUGGAGACGAGGUCAUCAAUUUCAAAGAUCCGUAUCCUCUGGACAACGAAGCCCACCAACCCUCGGCAGGCGUGUGUCCUGCCACCCUCGAAGAGGUCCAGGCUAUAUUGGACGUGUGUAACCGCUAUGUGGUUCCGGUAUGGACCUGCUCGCAGGGCAAAAACUUUGGCUAUGGAGGUCCAGCCCCUCGAGUGGAUGGCUCCGUUGUACUCUCGCUCCAUCGCAUGAACAGAAUCAUCGAAGUCAACGAAAAACAUGCGUAUAUUGUCGUCGAGCCUGGUGUAACAUUUUUCCAGAUGUACGAGUACUUGCGUGAGCACAGGAGCCGACUUUGGAUCAGUGCCCCUGCUUUAGGCUGGGGCAGUAUUGUCGGUAAUACUCUCGAUCGAGGCCACGGGUAUCUUCCGUCUGGCGACCGUCAACACUUCAUAGCGAGUAUGGAGAUUGUCCUCGCGAACGGGGAAGUUAUGAGAACUGGCCAGUGGGGUCUGAAAGACGGGCCGGCCACACACUUGUGUAGCAAUCAAUUUGGACCCCAAAUACACGGCCUUUUCCUUCAGAGCAACCUAGGCGUGGUAACAAAGCUAGCCCUGCACCUCGAUAUCGCCCCGCAGGCUAUGAUCUCCGUGGUAGUGAGUUGCCCCGAAGUCUCCCAGAUAGAAGGCUUGAUCGACUCGUAUGAGGAACUCUACCGAGAGCGAAUAUUACAAGGCCACCCUUCGAUUCACAAUGUCAACCAUUUCGCAACUCGGUUUUCGCGUAAGUACGAACAGCAAACCGACGCUGGCCCAUUAAGCAAGACGAGUCUCGAAAAGUUAGCCGCAAAAUUCGGCACUGGUUAUUGGCGGAGUAAUUUCGACCUCUAUGGUACAAAGGCCAUGGUUAAUCUUCGUUGGGAGAGAGUCCAAGAAGUUCUGUCCAACAAUAUUCCUGGCUGUAAAGUGGAACAUACCUUCUGGGAAGGUGAAAACGGCGGGCCUGUGGACCAGACGAAAAUUGGUACAGUGGGCGCCGGUGUUCCCGCCAUGUUUGCUGCUGCCCUGGCUGAUUACAACCUCCCUGCCGAUGGAACUGGUGCCGGUGCCCAUACCGACAUUACGCUCCUGCUCCCGAGUAACGGUAAGAUAGUCCAUGAUUGGUUUGUCCGCAUGAGAAAAAUUAUGGAGGAUGCAGGUGCAGACCCUUUUAUUGGGUGCCACGUCUGGGACCGACAUGUACUCUUCGUCCAAGAGUAUGUGUAUGACAAGACGAGCGCCAGUGCACGAGCACGGGGCCGGGAAAUCAUGACCGCUAUCGUAGACGAAGCUAAGAGAUCCGGCUAUUCCACAUAUCGAUCACACUUAAUGCACAUGGGUAAGUCGCCAUCUUUUGAAGCUAUUGAGGCCAGCAUCGAUCCCCGCGGCAUCUUGUCGCCUGGAAAGAACGGUAUCUGGCCUUCAAAGCUGUCGGAGAAUUUUGGACGGCUCAAGAUAUAA